UUACUGUGGGACUUCAGUAGAUUUGGCUGCGUGUAAGUGAAAAAAGUAAGUGCAACGACACAGCAACUAUAUUUUGGGAUUUUAGUUUAUUUAUUAGAAUUAAGUUUAUCGACAGUCAACAAUUUCCUCGAUUCAGAGCUUUUGCUCCAAAUGACUGGAGAUUGCUUCACGUCCUCCCUCCCAGUUUAUUGGAACUGAAGGAAGCUGAGUUCUUCGAGGACUCUUGAAUGAUUUGUAACCAUUAACUCUCGAGCGACAAAAAACAUGAGCUAAAACAGUUUUGAAUUGCUACUUGUCUUAUUUAGAAUACUGGGAAUAAUACUUCGACGUUGCCUUCUUAACAGGAAGCCAGAUGUUGUCAAAUCCAAUUUGUCCAAGAGACAUCGGGCAUGAAUGAAUACCGAACUGGAGCAACUGGCUGAGGUGUUGCCAUUUCCCAAGGAGGUGAUCAACAAACUGGACAAGUUGUCAGUUCUCCGGCUCAGUGUCAGCUUCCUGAGAGCCAAGCGCUACUCUGAGGAGGCUACUUAUCGAGAAAACCUUAAGGAAGAAGAGGAGUGGGAAUAUGGGAAGCUUAAAGAGGGAAUUCCAGAACCUGGGGCCCUGUUAACUGAAGUUGCACUUCAGAGUCAGUUAACCAGCAGUGCAGAGGCUCCCUGUGACAGAUCAGUCUCUACCACUACUAAAUCACCACAGGUUCCAGCAUGUGGUAUCCCGGAGGGAGCCUUCAUGUUACAGGCAUUGCACUUCAGUGGGAGGUUGAAAUUGCUGCAUGGGCAGGAAGGUUCAGAAAAUAGCAGUCCGCUGGCUCCCCAGUUGGCUCUUUUUGCGGUCGCUGUCCCUCUCUGGCCCCAGAUACCGCUGGAGAUCCGAACCAUAAGCCUGUACUUUAAAACAAAGCAUAAACUGGACUACACGAUCUUGUCAUGUGACACAAAAACGAGUCUGGUUCUGGGCUGGACAGAGUCGCAGCUACAGAUGCACACAGGUUACCAGUUCAUUCACUCCCAAGAUUUGCUUUACUGUGCUGAGAACCACCUGAAAAUGAUGAUGACAGGAUCCAGUGGAGUGACCGUUUGUCGAAUUCUCCGUAAAGAUAAUCACUGGCAGUGGAUACAAGCCAUCGCAUGCCUUGUGCACAAGGAUGGACAACUAGAUUACGUUGUGUCCAAUCAGCGCACUUUAUCGGAUGCAGAGGGUGAAGAGCAUCUUCAGAAACGGAUAGGUCACGCCUCAAUCUUCACACAGUCUGAAUACGCUUCACUCUAUGAAUGUUCCAGUGGCAAUCUUCCUCGACCCCAGCAGUACACCCGGCUUCAAGUGGUCAAAAUGGAUCACAGAAAAAUCCCAAAGCAGUCUUCCUCAAAGGCAGAGAAAGAGUUUGGCGGAACUAAAACUGAACACUUGACUAUGGUCACCCUUUUACCUGUUGAGGACACCAUGGAGAGGAACAGCAAACUUCCAACUCUACUAUGUGAUGAGUUGUUAUCUGACAGUGGCCAUGAAGGAGCUGUUGAGUUGGUUGACUUUCAAAGGAAUGAAAACUCUCCAGUCAACAGUUCCUCCAACAUUUCCCUGGAGGGCUUGGAACAGAUGUUGCAGUGUUAUGAUUUGAUGCCAGAAGAUUUGGAACUAAUUCACCAAGAUGAAUUGAUAAAACAUAUUGACUCUGAGAACUGGAAGAGUGCGCUCACUUCCAGUUCUGUUCUCAAUAAAUCUUUUACUAAAACUACUAACUCAUAUAUUGGGCCCAGCUUGUCACUGGUGAGAGAGGACAGGGGCUGUGAUCAGUCAUGCUCACUUUAUUUCUCAAACCUCAGCUCCAGCUGGAUAGCAACAGAUGAGGUGUCCACAAGCAGUCAGUUGCUCUCACCACAAUACCCUCAGGGGAUUCACUAUCACUUUGAGUCAACUCCAGGCCCUGAAGUUUCCAGUCCACAAAUUCCCUCCAUGGAUUACAUUCCCAACAUAACUUGUUCUGCGUCACAACCAGUUUUGCAGUUUAGCAGACCAGGGAAGAAACUAAGUGAGAACUUUCCUUCUGACAGAGUGCACACCAUUACAUUCUCUCAACUAAAUAUUUGUGACAGUCUAUCUAACUGGAUGAAUGAUUCAACCUAAUAAACCUGAUGCAGCUUUUAUUAUAGUGAAGAUGCACCGAAGUUGGGUGGGUGUCAGCCCUAAACAACUCCAACCCAAAAGGGUAAUAGGUUUCAUCACUACUGCUGGUGAUCAGGGUGUUUGAAAUGAGGGUUGGUCCAUUGAAGACAUGUAAUAAAUUGUAACAUCCAAGUUCAAUUUCCAGCUUCUCCAUUAUCAUCCUUGGAACUGGGGUUCUAUGUCUCUAAACCUUUGCUAAUCUGGCAUAGGGACAGUGAUCAUAUUUGGUACAAAUACAUAGCACAAUGAAGGGAAAUCUCAAUAAUAACUGUUUUUACAAGUGUCCAAACCCAAAUUCAAGUAAAGAAGAAGGCAUAUCAAUGAAUCUGGCCUGCAAAAGAAGAAUAUGAACAUGGGACAAGGAGAAGCUUGUUACAUACACCUGUUAGGGUGCAUUCUCCAGUUACCUUAUAAGGUAACCGUAGCCUUCAGCCAGGAGCAGAUGUUAUCAGGUGGUUCCCAACCUUCACCAAGACCCUUAACCACGACAUUCUCCAGUUGGUGGGCCGGCAGUGGUGGCCAAAUCAUUGCCAAUCUGCUCCUGGCUUCAAGCUCCCCUCCUCUCACCU